AUGUCGUCGCUGGUACAAGGUCUUGUGAAAAGCUUUGCCGAAGAUUGGGCCGAGAACAAAUGGGACGAUUAUGCCGGUGAAAAAUUGCAACCGACAAAGGACCCUUUCUAUUGUAAAAUGCCAAAUGGAAAACGUAAGAGAAGAAAGUUACCGGAGUAUUGUACGCAAAAGGAGAAAAAACUGUGGAAAAAACUUCAAAACCGGGCUUGGAAGCAUGACAGAUGUAUGUGUGGAUGUAUAUGGGUCAAUUGGGGGCUUGGACUUGCACCUGUGUUGUCGAUUUUACCCACGAUUGGACCCAUUAUCAUGUACUGGAUUCAUUCGAAAUUGAUUAGUAUGGCCGAUAAAGAGUUGAAUUUACCGCCGGAGUUGCUGGUCAAAUUGCACGGUAACAUCGUGAUUGAUUUGUUAAUUUCGUUGCCACCGAUCAUUGGCACAUUAUUUGCAUGGAUGAAUGCGUGCUCGACAAGGAACUGCGCGAUGAUUUAUAAUUACAUGGUGAAAAGAGCAUCAAAGCAGUCUGCGGCGCAAACGCAAACGCAGUCGCAGACGGUGAAUAGCCAUUUAGCGCAGACGACACAAAACGCUCCCCGGAAUGCAGUUCCGCAGCAAUACGCCAAUGGCAGAACCGGGAACGCCGUAAACGUGCAACGCCCGCAACCGGCGAUGCAUAGGCAGGUGCCUAAGCAGAUGCCUAAGCAGGUGCCUACCCAGGUCCGUGCGCGGCCACAAAAGGGAAGACCACCUUAUCCAAUCGAAAUGCAAACCAUGGCACCUGCGCCUGCACCUGCGCCCGCCCCUCCGCGCAAUCGCAGAACACCUCCCCAGGCCCAACGUCCAUACCCUGACGAAAACGUCGCGCGACACCCAAUCAACAACCAAAAACCUUUGCCGCACCGGCCUGCUCCUCCUGCGGCAAGGUACAACAGAUGA